AUGCCUCUAAGGGAAAGGGGGAAACGUGGGCGAGCAUUACUUCGUCGAGACCUGCGUCAGGGGUAUUCAGGUGUUGCUAGAGGAUUGACUUCUCAAGCCGGUUCAACAACUUCCACUAAGCCGGGGGAUCCGAAGCAUACAAGGGAUUCUAGGUGCCAAAACGAGCAUAGGGAGCUGGGGGACAAUGAUACGGAGGAUGA